UGGCAUGGACAUGUGUCAAAUUUAGAUACCUUAGCACUAACUAACAGGUUCCAUGUUCACCCAUGAUUUUUCUUUUAGCAACGGUGCCAACAUCCAACUUCUCCGAAGAUUCCUAAUAUUAUCCAUUCCCAAAUAUUUAUUAUAUUAUCAUAUGCUCUUAGUCAAAGAGGCUGCUUCUCUAUAAAGUAACACAUAGUUCUUCAUCCAUCUCUCUGUAUCUCCAAAUUUCAACCAAACCCUUCUCUUUAAACAAGCAACGAUUCAGACAAACAUACGAUGGAUCCAAACUUUUCUUUAGCUAGCAAUUUCAUAAAAGACUAUUACAACAACUUUGAUGAAGAAGGGUCUAAUCCAAAUCAAUACAAAACAAGCUUUGAUGAGUAUAAAAAAUACGAGAACCUCCUUGAUGCUGAUCCUCUUGGUUUUGAUGCUAACAUGAUUCCUAUAGAAGGUUCUAUGGUGACAGAUCCUUCUCUAGAAGACACUGAUUUUUCAGAAACAGGAAAGUUCAUAAGCCAAAUCUUGAUGGAAGAGAACGUUGAUCAGAGACCUUUUUAUGACCCACUAGACUUACAAAUCACUGAGAGAUCAUUCUAUGAUGCUCUCUUACACCAAAAACCUCUUUCCCCAAAUCAACACCCCUUAGAUAUUCAUAAUCAUACUCAUAAUUCUGAUGGCAGUAACAGCAAUAGCAGCUUGGAUUCGAAACCAACUUCCCCUGAUACUCCUGUUUCUGAUAUUGCUAAUCAUGGUUUUCAGUUUAAUUCCAGUGCUAUUCCUCGCACUUUUUCUCAACCCUCUUCAGAGAGUGUUGGUGAUGGACUCAGAGAUUUGAAUUCUUCUAUCACCAAUUUGUUGGUACAAAACAUUUUCAGUGAUGCAGAUUCUGUUUCACAAUUCAGGAAAGGUUUAGAAGAAGCCAGCAAAUUUCUUCCUCCGCAGCCUCAACUCUUGACUGGUUUAGAAUCUUCCAAUUUCAACAUGGAUGGGGAGAAAGAGAAUCUGUUUGUGUUGAAGGGUAGAAAGAAUCACAAGCGGGAAGAAAGUUAUAGUGAAGAAGAAGAAGAAGAAGGGAGGAGAAGUAACAAGCAAUCAGCUGUUGGUGUUGUUGAUGAGGAUGAAUUAUCAGAUAUGUUUGAUAAAGUGUUGCUUAAUGUGGAACAUUUACCACUAUGCAAUGAGAAUGAUAGCUUGAAGAAUGGACUGGUGAAAACGGAGGAGCCACCUCCAUCUAAUGGAGCGAAGGCUCGUCCUAAGAAACAAGGCAGAAAGAAGAAUGAAACAAUAGAUUUGAGGAAUCUUCUGCUUCUGUGCUCACAAUCUGUGUAUGCCAACGACAACUUAAAUGCCAAUGAACUACUUAAGCAGAUUAGGCAACACUCUUCACCCUUUGGUGAUGCACCACAGAGGUUGGCUCAUUACUUUGCUAAUGGCCUCGAGGCACGCCUUGUCGGUGAUGGUACUGGUGUACAAACUUUCUAUUCCUUGCUGAGCUCCAAGAGGAUUAGUACUGCUGAGUUUCUGAAAGCAUAUCAAGUUCAUCUAUCUACGAGCCCAUUCAAAAAGUUUGCAUACUUCUUCGCAACCAAAAUGAUAUUGAAAGUUGCUUCAAAGGCUGAAACCCUUCACAUAAUUGAUUUUGGUAUCCUUUAUGGUUUUCAGUGGCCAAUACUUAUUAAGUUUUUAUCAGAUAGAGAAGGUGGACCUCCCAAACUGAGGAUCACUGGGAUAGAGUUCCCUUUACACGGAUUUCGUCCCAUGGAAAGAGUUCAGGAGACUGGUCGUCGUCUUGCAAACUAUUGCAAGCGUUUCAAUGUUCCCUUUGAGUUUAAUGCCAUAGCAUCACGGAACUGGGAAAAGAUUCGAGUCGAAGAUCUUAAGAUCAAUAGCAACGAGGUAGUUGCUGUAAACUCUCUGAUGAGGUUUAAGAAUUUAUUAGAUGAGAGUAUUGAAGCGAACAGUCCUAGAAAUGCUGUUCUGCAUUUAAUCAGAAAGAUAAAUCCUGAUAUUUUUACUCAGUCUAUUGUUAAUGGAUCAUAUAAUUCGCCUUUCUUUGCUACACGGUUUAGGGAGGCACUGUUUCAUUUUUCUGCUAUUUUUGAUAUGCUUGACACUGUAAUACCUCGGGAAAACGAAUAUAGGAUGAUGAUGGAGAGGGAAAGUUUUGGUAGGGAGGCUAUGAAUGUUGUAGCAUGUGAAGGAUUACAGAGAGUUGAGAGACCUGAGACAUACAAACAGUGGCAGGUUAGGAAUACAAGGGCUGGUUUCAAGCAGCUUCCAUUGAACUCAGAAUUAAUGGCUAAAUUUAGGACAAAGUUAAGGCAGUGGUACCAUAAAGAUUUUGUAUUUGAUGAUGACAACAAUUGGAUGCUUCAAGGUUGGAAAGGCCGCAUUUUAUAUGCUUCAACAUGUUGGGUGCCAGCAUAAUCAACUCGCAUCUUACUAGACUUAUGGUGUGAAUUUUUAUUAAUUAUUAGAAUCAGUUAUAGCUUUUUACUCUGUCCUUUCCCUUUGUUAAGGUUUUCAGUAGCAGUCGUACUAAUACUAAUACUAGGAGGCAGAUACUUGAGAUAAUAUUUCAGCAUGUAUGUUGCAAUGAUGAGCUUAUUUUGCUAGCUCUUUAGAAGCUUGUUAUAAUUAUUUUUAGUAGCAGAAUCUUGUUUUUCUUAUUUAAGUACCUUGAGAUUGUGACAUGACAUGGCCUAUUCACAUAAUCUUCAUUGUUUUCUUUCUUGCCA